AUGGGAAAGAGCGCCCUGCAAAGUGUGAUCGAUCUGAUCGACAGCGUCCCACCUGCCAAGCUUGAGCAUCUCAGCACAGCUCCUCAUCAGCCUUCGUUAUGGGUCGACAUGAAGGGUAACAACAUCCGGAUCGAUAUGCAAGGAAUGGCAGAUGGAGGAAAGACGUACAACAUCCAGGUCCAGGUGAAUAAGAACCCAUCUAUCUCAGGCCUCAAACGAGCUGCGGGAAUGAGCAUCGCAAUGUAUCGUGCGCCUCACGGCAAGGAUGAGCAGAGUGGUUCUGUGAUCAUAGCAGAGCUCAUCAAAGAUCUCAUGGACAACCGCGAUUUCGAGAAGUAUGGGAAAGCCCAACGUGCUGCGCAGAAGUCUGUCAAAGCCAAGCAAGCUCCAACAAAUACCGCAGAGAAGGAGAAAGACAACACGACUGAAACCACUGAAUCAAAGGGCAGCACUCCCGGCGAUGAGAAAGCUGCCACUACUGGUAAGCAGAGUGGUAAAGUCGCUAAGCCUGGCGCGGCUGGCGGGAAGUUCGGUGCGACUGGCGGCAAGGGCCGCGCAGCAAGUGGGAAAGGAGCGCGAAAGAACCCGUCGCGGUGCGGUGCGACCGCGCUCCAUCCUUCGCCCGCCAAUGCACACCACCCACCGUACCGCGAUGACUUUCAAUGCGCCAUCGACAUCGGCAUACGGCGGCAAUGCAGAGCAGCUACGACGCCGCUAUCAGCCAGGCACGCGACUCAGACCGACAAAGCCGUUGCCGAGCGGGCACAGUACAUACGGCGAAUGCGCUUUGCUGCUGGCGGGCUUGUUCUGUGCACCCUUGGCAUGUAUGCUGCUGUCGUGUGGUUCGACCCGCCACCUAUCGAAGCUAGCGGUGGGAGCAAACCCAAGGCGGAAGAGGGGUCGUCACGAGUCAUACAUAACGAUAGCUCCGCAGCCCUGCCAGAGGUAGGAGUUCUCGAGCAAGCCGAACUCGUGCCUACUGGGACGAGCACGAUCCCCUUCUUCCCUCGAACGGUCCAUCUCAGUGAGAACACCGCCACGCCAGAGACAGCUCCGACGCCAAGUUUGCCCGCUGGCACGACACCACCUCCAGCUAGCCCAGGCACGCUCGUCCCACCUACCGACAACGACCCUGCAACAGGUGGUACGGAGUACCAGCUCCUUGGCCUCGGCAUCCGCACUGUGUCCUUCUUGUCGAUUCAAGUCUAUGUAGUCGGCUUGUAUGUCGCAUCCGCCGACAUAGCGAAGCUUCAAGAGCGUCUCAUUCGCACUGUCGAUCCAGUAGCUACAACUCUCGUAGCGGGAGAGAUGCAGAAGCUGCGGUCUGUGCUUCUGGACCCGGUCAAAAGUGAGGAGGUCUGGAACGAGAUAUUGAGAGACGGUGCCAUCAGGACAGCGUUCAGAAUCGUGCCGACGCGCAAUACCGAUUUUAUGCAUAUGCGGGAUGGGUUUGUGAGAGGAAUCACAGCCAGAGUCAACACUAUUGGCCUGGGAGAAUCUGGCUCGACGCCUGAAGCCGAAGAACGAUUCGGCAGCGCAAUGAACGAGUUCAAGGCCGUCUUCGGCGGCGGGAGCCGCAAGAAGAUUCCAUAUGGGCAGGCUCUGUAUCUGCUAAGAAACGCGCAGGGGCAAUUCGAGGCGUUGGUUGAGGACAAGAAGAGCGGAGUGCGGGAGGUUAUGGGUACUGUGACCGAUGAGAGGGUCAGCAGGUUGCUGUGGUUGAACUACUUGGCAGGCAAGAAUGUUAGUAGUGAGGACGCCAGAAAAAGUGUGGUUGAGGGUGCGAUCGAGUGGACUAGCCGGCCGGUGGGCACUGUGGCUACGAAGGUCGUCUGA